UCCUCUAGACUUUGCGUGUAAGUACGGGCUUAUUUAUUCCUUGACUUUGCUUUUCUCUCUCGAGCUGUACAUAAAAGCCUCCUGUGUCUCGCCAGACUCACUUCGGACGAUUGACGUCUUCCGAACAACCCAUCUAUCCGGCACAGGCACACAUGCUACAGCUACACACUACUGAUUGAGCAUCUACGUCAAGACCUCAUACUACAAGUCCUGGGGUUACUUCUUUUCGCCUCUUCGUUCAGGUACCAAUAUCUUGACGUACUAUCGAUCAUGGCACCUCACUUCGACUCCAGGGGCUCUUCACCCCACGAUUUGACAAGCUCCACCAGGAAUCAUUACGCCCACCCUGUCGGUGACGGAUAUCUAGAAACAACUGAUUCUAAAGACUACAAUGUCUCCCAUCUUCAAUAUACGGAACCCGACGAUCUUCACGACCUAGUAUGCGUUGGAUUCGGACCAGCAUCUUUGGCAAUCGCCGUUGCUCUGCAUGAUUCACUGGAUACUCCAAAUAUCUGUCGUGAUCUCCCAAACUUGUCAGAACACCAGCCAAAAGUGGCAUUCUUGGAGCGGCAACCAAGCUUUGCGUGGCAUGCAGGUAUGCUUUUGCCUGGAGCGAAAAUGCAGAUCUCUUUCAUCAAGGAUAUGGCGACGCUACGUAAUCCUCGCAGCGAGUUCACAUUUAUGAACUACUUGCACAAGAACGGCCGGUUGGUAGAGUUUACGAAUCUUGGGACAUUCCUGCCGCAACGCGUUGAGUACGAAGAUUACAUGCGCUGGUGCGCCAACUGGUUCAACGAAGUUGUUGAAUACGACCAGGAAGUCGUCCAGAUAAUCCCUGAAAACCUAUCAACCGGAAGCCAGAAAGUCGAGUCUUUCAUCGUCAAGUCAAGAAACCGACGGACUAAUACCAUGACUGAGCGCCGUACACGCAACGUAGUUAUUGCAGCUGGUGGCAGGCCCAGCAUUCCAAAGCAUCUUCCGCAGCGUCAUCCCAAGGUCAUUCACUCCUCUCAGUACUCUCAUGUCAUCCGUGAUCUUUUUAAGGACCCGCAGUAUCCUUACCGUGCAGCUGUCAUUGGUGGAGGUCAAAGUGCGGCAGAAAUAUUCGAAAAUCUCCACUCCCAUUACCCUAAUUCCCAGACGAAUCUGAUCAUUAAAGGCGCCGCUCUGCGCCCAAGCGAUGACUCCCCAUUCGUGAACGAGAUCUUCAACCCAUCACGUGUUGAUGAUGUCUAUCAUCAAUCACCUGCACUUCGCGCCUCAGCUUUAGCCGCCGACCGCAACACAAACUACGGUGUAGUUCGUCUUGAUCUCUUGGAACGCAUAUAUGAGACUAUCUACACGCAACGCAUCAGGUACAAGUCUGAGGCCGCCUGGCCACACCACAUUCUUCCUCACCGCCACAUACUGAAGAUUACCGACUCCCCUGAGAUCCCCGGCGGUGUCCGUCUGCAUAUCCACAAUACGAGUGGUGAUUUCUACGUCGAGGGUGAGAAUGGAGACGAAGUCAUUGACGUAGAUGCUGUGUUCGUUGCCACAGGCUACCGACGAAACGCGCACGAGGACAUGCUGGAGGGUGCCGAGGGUCUCAGACCCAAUGGUGCGCAUAAGUGGGAGGUUGGUCGCGACUAUCGCGUUCUUUUCAAGGAGGGCACCGUCGUAGAGGAUGCGGGAGUCUGGCUGCAAGGAUGCUGCGAGAGCACGCACGGCCUGAGUGAUUCGCUCCUAUCUGUCCUAGCAUCGCGAGCAGGGGAGAUGGUAAACAACAUCUUCGGCGCCGAUCCCUAUCCUACGCAAAGAGGCUCAAAGAAAUCCAUCAGCUUGAAUGGCAGGAGCAGCAUGACUAGUAACGGUAUAACCAAUUUGAACUGAAUGGUUUCACUAGUGGUUUAAUAUGUGCCAUGGAGUAUGAGUGGCGGAAUCUGUGUUAAAGCCGAGACCUUGAAUCGAUAAUUUUAUGUAGCAAUGAGCAGGUGCAAAGUUUAUGGCUGAAUGUUUGACUCGUCGACAGCGAAUAUUUCUCUCAAUCGAACUAUUACAAUCAGUCUUCGUUCAAUAGUUAUGCCAACCUUACUAUUAUAGGCAUUACAAGGCAUAACGUGACGACUGAGUUCUGAAGCUGCUACACGAUAUUCAAACUACAAUGAAGCCCAUAUUAGCAUUCUUCCAGUACACUAGCUAGAA